AUGAAGCGUAAGCUUACUUCGCUGCCGUCAGAUUUGACUCCCCGCCUGCUGCAAGGAGUGCCCUUAAGCAUCUGCCUGAGUGGAUGUGGGCAGCACUGGGCAGCUCCGCGCAGCUACACGGAUGACUUCUAUUCCACACGGCGCUUCUGCCAGAGAACAGAGAACUUCGAUGUGUUCUUGAGUCACGAUUGGGGGACAUCGCGGUGGCUAAAGCUCUGCUCUCUGUUGAUGAUGUUCAAUGUCCGUGCUGCCUCGACGGCGUGCAUGGUCGUGAGCAUCGCAGUGGGCAUCCUCCGCGCCUACCGCAUCAUACCCGACGAGCGAUGGACCGAGCUCUUCCCACUGGGCAUCUUCUACAUCCUGCUCUUCUUCUGGCAGCACCUGCGCGAGCUCUUCAAGAAGCCCCUGGUGGUCUUCCUUGAUCGCCUGUGCAUUGCCCAGAAUGACGAUCGGCUGAAGGAGCAGGGCAUCCUAGGACUUGCAGGCUUCCUGGAUCGCUCGAGCAUGCUGGCGGUUUUGUGGUCACCGCGCUACUUCAAGAGAGCUUGGUGCGCCUAUGAGCUUGGAACAUUCUUGCGGGACCCCGGCAAGGAGAAGUUGGUCCGCGUCAUGCCUGUCAAGCUUGCACCGACGCUCCUGGCGUUUUGCCUCACCUGGGAGGUGAUACGAUUUGCCCACAGUGCAGCCACUGAGUACGACGAGUCCGGGUCGCGUGAGUGGCUCAUUGUCAGCGGGACGCUUCUCUUCGUCAUCUUGUGUGGCUCACCUUUGUACAUGUACAUCGGGAUGGGGCUGAUUCGUGAUGUCCAGGCCCUGCCAGAUCACCUGCGCAAUUUCAAGAUCCAGGACGCCGAAUGCUCCUGCUGCGCCAACAACCACCGCAACCCAAGUACCGGAGAAGAGCUUCCAUGUGACAAGCAGUUAAUUUUCCGGACGUUGAAGAAGUGGUACGGCACUCCAGACGACGACACGGAGGCUCACUUGGAAACCUUCAACGGGUUUGUGCGGAGUCGGCUUUCCCGUACAAUCCGCCAAACCGUAGGGGGCUACACGCUGCCGCUGAAGCAGUACCUGUACAUCGCCCUUGGCUCGAAUGCGCCGCUGCUUGCGAACUACAUGUCCAAGAUGGGAACCCCACCUGCCGAGAUCAGCUCAGAUCUUGAACGUGUCAUGUGGGCCUGCAGGUGGCUUAUCAGGUGGAUGAAUGCCCCACUCCAGAUGCUUUUCGGUAUCUGGGUUAGUAUAGCUUGCUGGAAGCUGGGUGUAUACCUGAUGCGAUACUGCGGUCGAGUGGCCUUGUCACUCAUCCUGCCAUUUCUCAUCUUGCCAUGUGCGCUGGCAGUGGCGUGGUUGCCGAUGCGGAUCACUUUCGACCUGACUUCUCACGACAGCUUGCUGCCGUUGGUACCAUUCCUGGCGCUACUCGCCAUUACCCUGUGUCUUUUUUCAGCAGGAGCAUCACCCAAGAUGAUCGCCCCUGACACAGCCUUCGAUGAGAUGCUCAGAGCCAGAUCCGACAAAUCCCAAAGCAGCCAAGCCAAAGAAGCCUGGGAGAAGAAGGACGCACAGGACUCGCCACAGCCCUCAAUGGCGACAUCAUCCACAACCCAAGACACAUCGAGCUCCUCCUAA